GUUUCUGACUACUCUCUCUCUUCUCCCUUCAACGGUUCAAUCACUCCCUCACUCCCUCACUCCCUUACCCUGACUUACCCUUAACCCUCGUUAGUUCACACUUGAAUGAAUUGACACCGCAGUGCAUCACCAUCCCCACCCCUUUACUUAUAAUAAUAAUAAUAUACCAUUGCUGCUUUCGACUAAACUCAACUGAACUCAACUCAGUGAAGGCUCUACUGAGAAUGGCUUACAUGUGUGCGGACAGUGGGAACCUGAUGGCCAUUGCCCAGCAAGUGAUAAAGCAGAAGCAGCAGCAGGAGCAAGAGCAGAAGCAGCAGCAGCAGCAGCAGCAACAACAACAGCAGCAGCAGCAGCAGCACCCGCUCUCCCUUCUCCAGCCAUGGCCUCCCACCGACUUCACCGACCCCUUCCAAGUGCCCGAUCCGGGAUUCCACUUCCCUCCACUGGACCCUCAUUCCGCCGCCUUCAGAUUCUCCGAUUUCGACUCCGACGAGUGGAUGGAUACCCUAAUUGACACGCCCCCCGAUUUCUCCCUCUACCCCUUCCCCUUCCAACCCACUCCACCCCCUUCUCCCUCUCCGCCUAAUCAAAACGACGCCGUCUCGUCGCCACCUCUCCUGAAAGCCCUCUCCGACUGCGCACGGCUCUCCCUCAGCCACCCCCAUCAAGCCGCCGAGUCCCUCUCCCGUUUAUCGAACUCCAUUUCCCAACACGGUAACCCCACUCAGAGACUCGCUUUCUACUUCUCCCAGGCCCUCUCCGCCAGAAUCUCCUCUCCCAAACACAAACCUCCUUCUCCAACUCCUUCUCCCACUUCCCCUGAAGACUUCACCCUCUCUUACAAAACCCUUAACGACGCUUGCCCCUAUUCCAAGUUCUCCCAUUUAACUGCCAACCAAGCCAUCCUCGAAGCCACCGAAGGUUCCUCCCACAUUCACAUCGUCGAUUUCGGCAUCGUUCAAGGCAUUCAGUGGCCUCCUCUUUUGCAAGCCUUCGCCACUCGCUCCUCUGGCAAACCUCUUUCCAUUAGGAUCUCCGCCAUACCCGCCAUCGCUCUCGGAACCUCCCCUGCUCCUUCUCUCUCCGCCACUGCCAACCGUCUCUCCGAUUUCGCCAAACUUCUCCACUUGAAUUUCCAAUUCACCCCUGUUCUCACUCCUAUUCAUCAACUCAACCACUCUAGCUUCUCCAUUCAACCCAACGAGGCCCUCGCUGUUAACUUCAUGCUUCAGCUGUAUAACCUCUUGGAUGACACCCCAACUGCGGUUGAAACUGCGCUCAGGUUGGCCAAGUCUUUGAACCCCAAGAUCGUUACUCUUGGCGAGUAUGAAGCUAGCCUUACACGUGUUGGCUUCCUCACGCGCUUCAACACUGCAUUGAGCUAUUUCUCUGCUCUUUUUGAGUCUCUGGAGCCUAACUUGCCCUCUGAUUCGCCCGACCGGUUCCAGGUCGAGAGUCUUCUGCUCGGACGCCGGAUCACUGCCGUCGUUGGCCCUGACUCGCCGGGAGAAAGGAUGGAGGACAAGGAGCAGUGGAGGGUGCUGAUGGAAAGUUGUGGUUUUCAAUCGGUGAGUCUCAGCCAUUAUGCGAUUAGUCAGGCUAAGAUACUUCUAUGGCAUUAUGGGUACAGUUCUCUGUAUUCCCUGGUUGAAUCUCCACCUGGGUUUUUAUCUCUGGCUUGGAAGGAUGUUCCUCUCUUGACUGUGUCUUCCUGGCGUUAAUGGGUUCUUGACUGCUGGAAAUGGAAAUGGAAAUGGGUUUCCACCUGGUCCUUUUAACUCUGGUGUGGAACAACUAAUUAAUUGUCCAUAUGCCAUGGAUGAUCAUCAUGCUAUGCUGUGCUGUGCUAGCCACUUCAAUUGCUCAAGUUGUGCGAUGCUGAUUUGAUCACGUGUCAGUUUAAUUGGCGCUGCAAUACUAGAUUUUUAGGAGAAUUAAUAUUACCACCACUUUUAGCAGUUCCACCCCCCCCCCCCCCUCUCCUACUACUCCCUUUAUUUUUGUGUUCAACUUCAAUUGAUUUUUCUUUUCUUUUUAGCGUUUUGAUGUGGCAAUGUUAUUAUUAUUAUUAGGUUGAAGACUUGACUAGGCAAAAGGUGAUCAAGGGAAUAGAAUGGAAUUAGGAAGAAAUGGGGGAUGGGAUGCAAGAAGCUUUCCUUCCCUUUGCUUCUAGCCAUUGUGACUCUGUAAAUUUGAUUUUGUUGUAUGGAUUUAAAUUCGUCUGAAUAUUAAAGGAUUUUUAUCUUUUACUACUUUCUGGCACGGACAAGAAGAGUUAAAAUUUUCAUGGGUCUCUUUCUGCACUCUUGGUUAUAUUGUAUAAUCUCGUCUGUUCUGUGCAAUGGAAUCCUCUUUUGCCCCAAGUAAUUUACAUUUUAAGCAAAAGAAGAAAGUCACCGUCUUCUAUGUUGAAGUUGAUGAAAGAUCCUUUUUAACUAUUUGCAUGGACAUUGGUGGGUGAUGAGUGAUGACAAACUCUUUACUCUGCCCCCUCCUAUUAUUCAUGCACAGUCAACUGUGAAAAAAUUAUUACUUCACUGUCUAACUCACUGUUAUGUGGGGAGAAGCCAUUAUUUUAGUUCACACCGUCUGAUCUGAAUAAAGUUUGUUUCUUUUUGUGUUUUGUGAAAGUUUUGUUUAGCAGCUAGCAGAGUAUUUGCAUAGGUUUGUUGCUAGUAGUGCUGAUCUUUCACAAAUCUAUGGGCCAUAUGAGUAGCUUUGUUGUGUGUCUCUUUCAUGAUGCAAUCAAGUUCCUUGUCUUGCUGGCACAGCAGAGAUGGGGAAGAUGAAUCAGCCUCUUUUCUGAGUCUUCAUAAAAACAAUUGGCCAGAGCGUGACAAGGGAGACUGGCACUGCUGUUUCUGGACUUCAGUGAUUGCGACAAUUCAAGGUUGUGACUUGUGAAUAAGACGUUCUCUUAUUGAUCUUGAUGAUUUGGCAAAGGGUCCCAUAAAUGUAGACUACACUUUGUGAGGCUGGGUAUGCGUCCUAUUCCCCACUUUAUAUGGUGCUUCAUAACUCAUCCAGUACCUUCCCUCAUCUAGAACGCCAUACCCCACUUGGCAAAAAAUGAAACCCAAGUGCUUCCAUAACAGAAAACUGUCAUCCCACAUGCUUCACUGCUUUGGUCAUUUUAAUUUUUUAUAUUUUCCCUGAAACAAUUGCCAGUUCGAGUAGCUUCUCUGCCAAAAUUUUGUUAAUGAACUGAAACCUUACAUUGAGAUUAACUCUUGUUCUAAGUAAUUUUGGGAAGAAAACGAGUGAUUUCAGUGAGUUUCAGUCUUGGGUUGCUAUGGCCACGUUCUUCCUGGUUCCCAGGUCACGGAAAUAUGCAGGAAAAUAAUUGGUUGUUCAGGAAAAUGUAGAAGAAAAAUAGCUCUUCUAAAAAAAAAG